GCCGCAAGAUCAAAUGAGAGGACUGAAAGCUGUUUGGUACCAAACAGGAGAUCUUCUGCUCGGUAAUACGAAGUCAUCGUGCGGGGGCCGGGCUCGUGGUCUGACCAAAUACCGCGUCAACGGAUUCACGGCACACCGAGAAACCAUCUCCGGAGCCCGUUUUCCACCAGCUUCCCCCUUCUCCACCUAUAUAUAACCCUCCUCUUCACCACUUCCUCCCCAUCCUCUCACCCACAUCAUUUCUUCUCUCCAGUAGACUAACCUGUUUCUUUCUCAUAUCCCUCACGUUUGUUUCGCUCUCUCUCUAUAUAUAAUAUCCAAAGAAAAUGGUAAUGGACCUGGUGAUGGAAGGCAAGAAGGAAGAGGAGUCGCUAGAGAGCAAGUACAUGAAGGGAGUAAGACACCUUUGUGAGAGUGGCAUCACAAGAGUCCCAGGCAAGUACAUCUUGCCGGUCCCGGAACGGCCCCAAGUGAUGGGAGAAGAAAGGAGGACCAGCAGUCUCAACCUUAAGCUGCCGGUCAUCGAUCUCGCUCGCUUGCAUACAGCCGACCGGCCCCAAGUUCUCAAGUCCCUAGCGAAAGCUUGCGAGGAGUAUGGCUUCUUUCAGGUUGUGAACCACAACAUUCCUUGCAAUGCUACGAGGAGAAUCAUCGGUGUGGGGAGGAGGUUCUUCGAGAUGCCUUUCGAGGAGAGAGCAAAGUAUAUGUCGACCGAUGUAAGGAGUCCGGUGAGGUAUGGAACCAGCUUCAACCAGUGUAGGGAUGGAGUGUUCUGUUGGAGGGACUUCUUAAAGUUAAGCUGCCAUCCCAUGGAGAGCGUUCUACCAUACUGGCCUUCCUCUCCCAUGGACUUGAGGGAGGAGGCCAUGUCAUAUGCCAUGCAAGCGAAAUCCUUGUUCUUAGUCCUCAUGGGGGCCAUCUUUGAAUCCUUGGGUGUAGACGCUAGCAUUCUCCGAGAAUUCGACGAUGGGUCGCACCUAAUGGUUGUGAAUUGCUAUCCGGCGUGUCCCGAACCCAAUCUUACACUUGGAAUGCCGCCCCACUCCGACUAUGGCUUCCUCACCAUCCUCCUCCAAGAUGAUGUAGAGGGCCUUCAAGUCCAGUCUGGGGGAGAAUGGAUCACCGUGGAGCCCGUCCCCAACUCCUUUGUCAUAAACAUUGGUGAUCAUCUUGAGAUAUUCAGCAAUGGAAGGUACAAGAGCGUGCUGCAUCGAGUGCUUGUCAACUCCUCAAAGUCUCGGAUCUCGGUCGCAUCUCUCCACAGCCUACCGCCCGAGAGAAUGGUAAGCCCCUCGCCUGAGCUGGUCAACGAGGAGAACCCAAGGAUGUACGAGGACACAAACUUCGCUGCUUUCCUCGAUUACAUGUCCUCCUCUGAGACCAAGAACAAGAACUUUCUUGAGUCCAGGAAGUUGACUCAGGGAAAGGAACAGGCCAAAAGUCAAUGACAGCUGACCUUUGUGCGAGUGAUGGCAAUUUGUACUAGUUUUUUUUAUUUUUGAUGAAAAGGGAGGUGUAAGCCGCCCACAAUUUGUAGUAGUUUGAAAAACUAGAAAGUCCACAAGUAUUAAAUGGGCUGGUGGGGAUUCAAAUAAGCCCCACCACCUCAUCUCCUCUUAUAUAAUUCUGCCUCUCUCCUUCACCUCAUCUCCUCUUAUAAAAUUCUGCCUCCCUGGUUUAAUUUUUUACCUAGCUAGGUUCAGUGCAAUUUAUGCAUAUGUGAUGAUAUCAACAUGAGGGAAUGAUAUUAGACAAGGCUUGAUCAUUUCGGUUGACCUUACGAUGGAUCGAAAUGUUGUCGCUUCUAGCUAUCUAGUUUGUGCCGUAAAGAUCAGGCCCAUUGGGAGUAGAUUUUAUGUUCAAAUCUGGGAGAAGGCAUUGCCAACAUUAUUAUUAUUUUUUUUUUUGAUGAACAUAUUCACUAUAUUUAUUCCCAAGAAAUUGAGAGGAUGUCUAGGACCACUGCCAUCCUGGUCGUAUUUCAUAAUAUUUUAUUUUCUAAUUUUUUAAAUGUAAUUAUUCUUGUAUGAGCCCUCAUCCUAUUAAAAAAAAAUAUGGCUUACAUUUCAUUAUAAUUGAAUAUGUCACAACCUAGGACCUCGACAAUGAACAAAUCACAAACCUAGGAUCUCAUCCAAAAAAAUUAGUCAGAAGAUAUUAUUUACAUUUUUUGGUCUUAUAUAAAGACAAGUCUGCAUAAGUCCCUACAUACCUCCUCGUUUAAAUCAUGGCAUCCUCUUAUAGACUAAGGAUCCAAAUCCAUUCAAUUCUAAUUGUAAGUAUCACAAAUUCAAUCCAAUUAUCAUGAUCAAUACAAAGUCGACCAAAUAAGUUUUUGCUACAACGUCCCAUAGUUCAUAUGGGCUAUAGGUCUGGUCCGCCCUCAUACUAUUUGUCACAAUUAAAAA